AAUCAGCAUUUGAAACCACUUGGUUACCAGGAUGCUCCAUAAUGUGAGGAAAAUAUCUGUGUAGUGGCCCAGUCUGUGGAGGUCAAGCACAGGCAAAACUGGAGCAGCCUUGCUUGUGGACACCUCGGCAGUGCUCCCCACCAGGGUUUCAACCCAGAUCACGCAGGUAGGAUGGUUCUCUGCAACCCUAACACCACCGUGCAGCCUCCUAUUACACAUGUUUGCAUGUAUUAUUAUUGUUAUGUAGUUCUUCCAUUUUGUCCCUCUGCUGGAGGAGAAAUCGUAUGUAAUUCCUGCUAUUGACCGCAAGGUGUCGCCACUGUUAAGAAAUGCAUGAGGCAACAUCCCAUCGCCUUAGGAAGACGUCAAGAAGGAUGGAAACGUGCUUUUUUUGGUUAAAUAUCUAAUACGCCUGCCAUAAUCUCUAAACUACGGCAUAGUAAGGGAUAAUAUAACCCAGGCUGAACCCUAACACAUGCUACAUUUGCAUGUACAGCGACUGAUAAGGUGGAGGGGAAAUGAAGGGAUGCUGAGGGAGGCUGUUGUGGUUGCUACCGGCGGAGCUAAAAUAAAGGACAACAAAUAGCAGCCUUCUUGUGUCUGCAAACAACCCCUGUACGCGUUAACAGUCCGCUUCAGAAACACCCCUAAACUGGACACACAACACACAGGAUGUAGCUAAACGAAGAGAGAUGUGCACCAUCAAGAAGAGAAGAUGGCACUGGUUGUGGUUGGUGCACUCCUGUCCCUGUCCUGCUGGGUCUCUCUCUACUUUAUCUUGUGCAACAUUAACCGGUCCAGGAGCUACGAGUGGAACUGUCGCCUCGUCACCCUGCUACACGGCAUCCUGGCAAUCUGCACCACAGCAUACAUAGGCUAUGUGGACGGACCCUGGCCUUUCACUUAUCCAGGUACUAAGAACACUCCUCUGCAGAUAAGCGCCAUGGUGCUAAGCCUGGGCUACUUCAUUUUUGAUAUGGCCUGGUGUGUGUACUUCCGCACAGAGGGACCCGUUAUGCUGGCCCACCACACAAUGAGCAUCCUGGGAAUCCUGUUGACCCUGUGGUUGGGGGAGUCUGGCAUCGAGGGCUGCGCUGUCCUCUUUGGCAGUGAAAUCACCAACCCCCUCCUGCAGGCACGCUGGUUCCUCAAACAGACGGGACAUUACGGGACAUGGCUGGGGAACGUUGUGGACGUCUUGUUUGUGCUGCUGUUUGUGGUGAUGCGAAUCUUUGUAGGAGGUACAAUGCUGUACUGUGAGCUGAUCUCCCCAAGACCCAGAUUCUUUAUCAAGUGUGGGGGAGUGGCCAUGUACGCUCUAUCCUGGGUGUUUAUGGUGGACAUUGUUCGAUUUGCCAUUCGGAAGAGCAAGAGCUGGCACAAGCCGCAGAGAGACCAACAGGAGACAGUGGCAGCUAAUGGCCAUGAAGGGAAGAAGGACUAAUCGGCUUGUAUCGCUCGAAAGGAAAUCGAUUCACAAUUUCACUUUGGACGUGCAAAGGAAAGUGCAACAGAAAUAAUUUGUUAAACUGAAAUUUUAAAAAAAAGGUAUUUCAAACUCAUAGUUUGCUAUGUCAAGAAGUAUCCUGUGGCAUCUGUCUGUAACGUCCAGCACCUGUGCAUUUUAAAAAAACUCUGUUUUUUUUAUGCAGUUAUUGCAGCUGAACACAUUUGUGUAAAAUGUGCAGUUAACAAACAACACAGAUGUAGUUUAUGUCACUGAAAACCAAAGCACUUUGUAUAAACACAUGACCAGAUGUUGCUUUCAGUUGCAGUGAACUAUGGCCUAGUCAUAUGUGGUGGUGGUGGAUGUUGCUUCGAAGGAAAGCUCAAUGUUAGGAAAUAAACUGUUUACAUGUCAUGCCCUAGGUCCUUGUGAAACAUUUUGGUUAUUAAAAAAGUAAGGAUUGGUUUUCCUUGUAAUCCUGUGGGGGUUUUUUAGCGCAUGUAAAACUUGCAGAUGUGAAAGGUAUACUCAGGGAGAUGAAGUCACAGAACAGAAAGUCGGGGUGAAUUCCAGAGAAAUGUGUGUGAUGUGUUUGAUUACUUUGUUUCAUAUAGUUUAUAGUAAUCCCUCUAAGGUUUUGCUUGCUGUCCUAUUCCAGACCCUGCCCAAAAAAACAUUUAUUGUUUAUUAUACGGCGUCAUGUGAAGGGAUUCAUGGGAAAGAACCUCUCAAUUACGUAGUUCUACACUGGUAAUGCUAUUUGGAUACUUAUGUAAACUAUAAAUAUCAUCAGAUGUUUGGUGUCAGAAUUUGUACUUUAUUUAGCAUUUUAAGUUGACUGUGAACGUACACCUGCAUGACUUACUUUAAUCUUUUUGACAAAAGUCAGACAAAAGAUCUGUACGCGGUCAUGAUAGCUCCGACUUCAUUGGAUUUAACAGUCAUUUUACAGUCUCACAGAGAUCUUAUCAAGUGUGACUUGACAAUUGAAUUUAGUUUAUUGUGAGCUAUCUGUACAGUGUUCUGCUCUUUUGUCUGACUUCUGUUUCCUUUUUUUUUAUCCAGAACCUUUAAACAUUUUUCAGAUGUAUGUGCUCUACACUCUGUUUGCCUGAAUCUUUGAGACGAACAUACUGUCAGGACCAAUCAGGUAGUCUCUGACUUGACUUGCAAUCAUGCAUGCAACCUCAACCCUUUUGUUUUGUUGCCCCUAAAGUUUUAGAUAUCUCUAUUAAAUCUUUACACAAGUCAGCUACACACACACAACUAUGGGCUGGGCAAUAGUUGUCAUUGAUCAGUUUUCAGUAGAAUCAUCAUGGCGAGAUGAUAUCAUCAUAUCACGUUGUUUUAAAAAGUUGUCCACUGUAAUAAUUCCAAACAUACUAACAUACAAAAACAGCUAUUUAAUUUAAGUGUGGGGUGUUCUGUAUGAGUUGUAGUAUUUUAUGUGUGUUUUUUUCCUACAGUUGCCACAAUGUGGUUAGAAAAAUAUUUAUCUGAUUAUUACGAUAUUGAUUUAAACCCUUUUGGCCAGACGCAACACACAAGUGCAUCAUGGGAUGAAGGCCGGUAACUUGAUAUGCGUGGAGAAUAUUACAAUUUUGCCUCCUCCAUGACUGGAUUUGUUUCUCGCUAAGAAAGUUACCAAACUACCAGCGCUCAUCUUUGCGCUCAGACUUUAUAUAUCAGAGUUCUUAUUAUAAUGACCACAUCCGGUUUGUUGUUUUAGUGCACGUUGGUCUCUGCAGUAGUGUUCUAAAACACUUUUCAUCCCUUUGUUUUCUGAUUUAUAUUUGAUUUAAUGUGUUGUUCUCAUAGGUCUGUUUACAUGGCUGCCACUGUUAAGAAUCAUGUGAGCAUCACCAUUAUAUCCAAGACAGUAAAACUCUAACUGGAGUGUGCCUUAGUUAUGUGAAUGUACUUCCAUAAUUUUUUGUUUGGUCUUUAUGUUGUGAUGUACUGUAAACCCUCCAACGUAAGCGUAGGAGUAAUGAAGAACUAUUUUCAGUUUGGGGUUUUAUGAUUCGCCUUUUGUGCGUGAAGUGAAAUAAAGAUGCGAUAGAUUGUUUGUAUGCUUAUGAAUAAAUUUCAAACAACAGAAUGUCAACUAAAACUAAACAAUAAGCUGCAUUUGCCUCAGUAAAUGCCAAAGACACUGUAGAUGUAUUAUUGGAGUGAGACUGUAGUUACCUACGCUGUCCACAUGAUGGUGUCAUAUCAAAGAAUGAUCAGUUAAGAAACACAUGAAGACAUUAAAAGGCAAAACACCUUUACAGAUUUCUCAAGUGAAAAUAGUGUCACAUUAUACUUUUGGUUAAGCAAAAGUUUAACUAAAAGACAGUUUUACUUUUUGUUAUCCUUUUUUAGCAGAAAUUCAACAGUUUUAAUGAUGUUUUCAUGUGUUGGAGCACACAAAGUUUACAAUGGUCUGUGAUAUUGUAUGUAAUACCCAGUGUAUUAGAUGUAUUGUAGUAUUGUUGUCAGCUGACACGUAACUAAUGACAACACAGUAAGGAUAAUCAUAUACAGUGUACUACUUCAUACAUUAAUAUGUGACAGGAUAACAACAAACAAACAAAAUAGAUCAAAAGAAGAUUGUGAUAGAAGAAUAACUGUAACAUUGUUUCAUUCAUAUACACAAACACUGUCUGUUUAAAUUAAAUAGGAUUUGGACAGAUUCAUUGUGGUGGUGCACAAAAUGGCCUUUUGAACACCCACUACUAACCGUAUCCUACAUUAUAACAUUGGUGAUGCUGGGAUCUUAAGUGCAUUUUUAAAACAACAUACUUAAUAGACGACUAAUGGAAUCAAUGAAUAUUGAUUGCACUGAAUGUGGAUAUUGGUAUUGAAAUACACUGACUCUGCAUUAGUUUGUAGAUGGACUUUUAAACUAAAUAAAUACUGAGAU